CCAUCCAAACAACACCUCCGCCUUACAAAUCCCGCGCUGGCUUCGCUCAUUCGAACUUUCCACUCUCACACUCGAUUUCCCUCCGGUUCCUCCGAUGGCUCAGCCGAUCAUUCUCUCCGACGAAGACCAAACGCCCUUGACAACACCAGUUCAAUCUCUCUCCAAGAAGCCCCGAACCGGGCCACCCGAUGGGAAAACCCACACAAUUCUGGUCCUCGACGACCCGACCCCAGAGAAACCGGGCCCCACCUCCUCUCUCUCCUCCACGCCGUCGUUCGUUGCCGAGACUCCGAUGUCCGACCUGGUUAUCGUCAAAUGCUCCAUGGCCUCUUCGCUUGAUCACCAAAGUAGGGUUUCAACAAGUUUUGAUAGAAAUUUCCCUGGAAGUAAUGGACUGAUAUGUUUGGAGUCUGACAAUGAAUCUGAAGGUGGUUCUGGAAGGGACAAUCUGGCAAAGAAUGAAACAUCUUCUGGUGCUGCUGACGAUAAGAACUUAGAAUGGCAUUCUAGAGCUGUUAAUUUGUCAUGUUUCCUUGGGAAUGCCGAUCUGAUCCAGACAUCUGAGGACUAUUCUUCACAACCAACCUGUCUGCUCCAUGAUAGUGAUAUGGUUGAGGAUUGCCCUGACAAAGAAAAUUUUAGCAUAGAGCAGAUGAGUAAUAUCCCAACCACAAGAAGAGGUAAACAAGUGAAUGUUGUAAAGAAAACUGGCCAAGCUGAAACUGUGGGGAAGAAGAAGAGGAUGACAAAAGAGGAAAGAAUGCUCUUAAUGGAAGAAAAAAAACAAAAGAAGGAACAAGAAAAAUUGCAAAAAGCAACACUGAAGGCUGAGGCCGCUGAAAUGAAAAAAUUGGAGAAAGAAAAGCUAAAAUGGGAAAAGGGAAAGUUUGCACAAAAAUCUAUUGUGGCUGAAAUUGACACGAAAGUAGUUGAACUAGGCUCAGUAGGAGGACAUCUGCUUUCAAGGUUUGCAGAGAAAGGAUUUACAUAUCGCAUAGCCUCAAAUCCAAUUGAAAGAUCAAUUGUGUGGUCCAUGACAGUUCCUGAACAUAUUUCUCAGCUCUCUCCACAAGGAAUGGUGAUUCAAUAUGUAUUACUUGUAUAUGAAGCAGAAGAGUUUUGUAAUCUUGUUCUCAAUGAAUCAUUUAUGGAUCAUGUUUCCAGAGUUAGAAGACAUUAUCCAUCUUAUACAAUUUGCUUCCUUACAAAUAGGUUAAUGGCAUAUCUUCAUAAAAGGGAAAAGGAACAGUACAAAAAUCUGGCAAACAAUAAUAGUUGGACACGUCCACCUGUUGAGGAGGUACUGGCAAAGUUAACCACACAUUUUGUCAGGGUUCAUUCCAGACAGUGCAUUGAUGAAGCUGAAUUGGCUGAACAUGUUGUUGGUUUAACAAGCAGCCUAGCCUCUUGCCAAUUUAGAAAGAAAUUAACGCGACUUUCUGUAAAUGCCAAUGGGUUACUGGUCCCUAAGGACUCUGUUGAUAGGAAUUUAAUUAAGAAGAGCCCAUGGUUGAAAGCUUUGGUAGCUAUUCCAAAGGUACAGCCCCGAUUUGCCAUGGCUAUAUGGAAGAAAUAUCCUACCAUGAAAGCUCUGUUGAGUGUUUACAUGGACCCUAAUAAAUCAGUGCAUGAAAAGGAAUUUCUACUCAAGGACUUGACCACCGAAGGGUUACUUGGUGGCGAUAGACGAUUAGGUGAGGUUUGCUCGAAGAGGGUGUACAGAGUACUUAUGGCUCAAAAUGGAGCCAUCAAAACUGAUGAUGUGGAGGAUGGUGCUGAUUUCUUCAGAUGCUAGUCAUAUUAAAUAACUUCCAAUGGUACAUGUCUCUGUAGUUGGAUCUGAUGACAACAUUGUUGAAAUUGGAAUACACUGUCAAGUGGCAUGCAAAAUCGACCCAUAUCCUCAAAAUCAAAUUGUCUCAAGAUCAUCUCGCCGCUCGGCUGAUGUGAACCAACCAAUUGCCAGUGAAUGUGCGGAGAUAAGUGCUUCUUCAUUUAACUUCCUAUAUAAAUUUGAAGCAUUUUAGGGUUGCAAAAGUGGCCAACAAAAUAGCCAAUUAUUUUCGUGGUGUCGAUAUCUAUUUCAGCAAUGCCAUUUUCAAGUAUGAUGUUUAGUUACAUCUGAAUCUUGAGCCCUUUUACCUGUCACGUAAAUGCUUUACUUGAUGAUAAGAGUAAAUCUUAUAUGAAGUAAAUGAUUUUCUGAGGACAUUCAUCAUCA